UUCCCUCCCUCAAACUGAAGAACACAUAUGUAAAUCCUUGUUUUUCCUCGUGAGGCAGGGGAGGCCAUAGCCACAAUGCUUAACUGCAUGCAUCUAACCCAGGGCUGGUUUUAACCCCAGCGCUCUGACCUAAACUGCUCAACUCCCGGAAAUUCCAAGGGAACCCGGUGGCCUUCGUCCUUCAGGUGGGACAGUGUGCGACAUGGGAAAGAAAACCAAGCGGACAGCUGACAGUUCUUCUUCAGAGGAUGAGGAGGAGUAUGUUGUGGAGAAGGUGCUAGACAGGCGCGUGGUUAAGGGGCAAGUGGAAUACCUACUGAAGUGGAAAGGUUUUUCUGAGGAGCACAAUACUUGGGAACCUGAGAAAAAUUUGGAUUGCCCUGAGCUAAUUUCUGAGUUUAUGAAAAAGUAUAAGAAGAUGAAGGAGGGUGAAAAUAACAAACCCAGGGAGAAGUCAGAAAGUAACAAGAGGAAAUCCAAUUUCUCGAACAGUGCUGAUGAUAUCAAAUCCAAAAAAAAGAGAGAGCAGAGCAAUGAUAUCGCUCGGGGCUUUGAGAGAGGACUGGAACCAGAAAAGAUCAUUGGGGCGACAGAUUCCUGUGGUGAUUUAAUGUUCCUAAUGAAAUGGAAAGACACAGAUGAAGCUGACCUGGUUCUUGCAAAAGAAGCUAAUGUAAAAUGUCCACAGAUUGUGAUAGCCUUUUAUGAAGAGAGACUGACGUGGCACGCAUAUCCUGAGGAUGCGGAAAACAAAGAGAAAGAAACAGCAAAGAGCUAAAGGAGGGGGUGGUGUCUGUCAUUUCUCUUUGUACAUAAUACAUUUACCUCCCUGCCUCCUCUCCCUUCUAUCCACCCCCUUCUAUCCUAAACACAUCCAUAAAAAAUGUGCUUAUCACUGUGCUCCACAGGAGAAAUGUUGAUAUUGGUUCUCUUGUAACAUAACUGAUGGUCUGAUUCAUGAUAAGUGUCUCUCUGUGAAGACCAGGCAUUUACAUACUGUGUGUUAUUCCUACAAUUUUUUUCCUUUGCCCUGAUCUCUUCCUUCUGCUCCCCUGUGACCUCAAGAUGAGUUUUAACUUUUUAAUCACCUUAGAGUCUUGAUCUUUUCAGGGUUGGUCGCUUUUUAGAUUGGGGGGUUUUGUUACAAUGGUGAUGAAUUUAGGUUUCUUGCUUUGGUUCUUAGAACAUGUUGAUGACCACCUAGGCUUUUUGUUUUGAGAUGUUGGGAUGGAAAAGAUGUUGCCCAUCUUUUUAAAAAGCCAAUAGCAACUGCCUACCUGUUGGGGCUUUCCCAGCGUCAUUCAGCUCUACCCAGGAGAAUAUAGGGUUCCUAGUGUGGUCUUCUGGGCCACCCUCUGUUGUUCAUCCUCACCCAACCUCCCAGAAUAGCUCCAUCCUUUGGAGGACUUGAAAUUUUACAUUCAAAUUUGUCAAGGCACUUCUUUUAGCCCCAGGACUUUUGGCCUUGUUUCUUAGCAAUCCCUGAUUCUGCUUCUGCAAGGUGGUGUAUCUGUCAUAAAAUGACAAGAUAAUUAACUGUGGAGAUUUUUAGCUAUUGGUACAUGAGGAUGAUGGGGUAGGGUACAGUUGUCUUUAUUAUCACAUAUGGCAUAUAUGUAUUAUCUCCUUCCACCCCUCGCAUUUGGAUUAUAUAUUCAUGUAGGUGUGUGAUUGCCUGGUGCUUGCUUGUGCCAAGGUGCUAGGCACCCUCCAACCCUGCCAACUUUUGUGGCCUCCCAAAGCAUUCCUGUUACCAAAGAGGCUUCAAACCUGACUCUCACUUCUCAGUGGACCCAAGUUUCCCCUCCUGUGCCAUUAUUUUCAGUGGGGAAUUCUUGGAGGGGAGCCAUUGGCCACGAUAUCAAUUAUGAUAGUCACAAUAUCAUAAAUAUUCACAGCGUUUAUAGUCAUAAAUUUCCUGCUUUGUUGACUCCUGGAUUUGCCACCAAGAGUCCCCAAAGUGUUAACGUGCUUUCUUUUUUCCACCCUCAAACUCUUACUUGUAUCUUAUUUUUAAAAAUGCGUUUCUAUGGAAGACUAUCACUUCAGAGAGUGACAAACCCUGGCAUUAGUGUGUUGACACAACCUUCUCUCCCUACUCAGCAAAAUAUUUCCCUGUUGGCUUCCUCCUGCCUUGCCAUUAUAUUGAGAGAUUAUUUUUCUGAUCAUAUCCUUCUGCCUUUGUCCCCCAAGAAAUGCCCUGCUUCUCUUGACCCUUUUCGUCUUGUAGUUGAGGGAGGCUAGAGAAUCAAGACUAAAAGUAAGGAAAUAGCAGGGGUUUGAGCAUCCUUGUCCCAGCCCAAAGCUGAGGAAAUAAGAAUAAAUGCUUAAAAUCGCCUUAACUCUAGAGUUCACCAGCCAUUGAGGUUUUUUUUGUUGUUGCUUUUGAUUUUUAAAACAUAUAGCUGUCUGGCCAGGAGCGUUCAACCAUUUCUGGAUUAUUCAGAGUAAUGAGGGGAGUGGAUAGAUUGCUGCAGUUCACAGAUGAGCCGAAUAACAUGCAAAUCAUAUGCCCAUUCAUAGCAUUUGUUAACAUUGCUUCCCUGCUCAGCUGCUGAUUGAAUUCUGUGGGCUUGUAUAAAUUAUGUCAAAAAUUAUACUGCACAGUUGAGAAGACAGCUGUUGCUGCAGUGACAUGACAGACUGGAACAAUGAAGCUUUUGGUUUAAGUCAUCCAGGAAAAUCCUUCUGAAUGGUAAUGUGUUUGGGUGAGAACUCAUAAUCCAUACCUCAAGUGGGUAGGAGUUUUAUCUCCAUCUUCUUUUACUCUCUGAAGGAAUUAAAGGCCUAGAUCAAGUGCUAGUUAAUUGACAGUUGUUAGUACUUAAUCUGAUGGGUAUCUAAAAGAAAGAAAGGGUGGUCAGGAAACAAAUUUGUCAUAUAAGUAACCAAGGAUAUCAAUUAGGGUAGACAAGAAUAGGACAGAAGUAGACCAUAGCCCCUGAGGAGGUGAUCUGGGCUCUCACUUUGCAGGUAGAGAAAAUGACAGCUUCUCCAAGUAGCCACUGUGUGUCUCCCAGGAGCAGUGGGCAUGUAAACUACAGUGACCAUAUUUUUAAAGCCAGAAUCUAGCAUGUGAACGAAGAACACAACGGAAUUAUUUUGUACUGAGAUUGGUCCUGAGAAACUUGGGAUACGUGGUGGUUGUGGUUAUGGGUAAUAUUUAAGACAUUCAUCAAAAUGUGAUUUUCUUUUAACAAAAUAAGCCCAGUAUCAUCGACUACUCAUUACCCCAUUAAUACCUUGCUCUUUGCUUCAUUCCUCUUUUCUGUACACGGUUUAUUGAAUCAUGGUCUUGUACGGAGUGCCACCGAAACAACUUUUGUUCUCUCCCUGCCUAUCCACAGCUUCUUCUCUAGGAAUGGAGGGAGCCGGAGGCCAGUACUGCUUUCAGACCUCAGCAGAAAGGAAACCAGAUGCCAGCCUUUGCCUCCGGCAUUUGUUAGUGCUGAGUAGCUGUCCUGGCCCUUGGAGAAUUGCAGCCUCAAACAGAAACCUGUUUUCAUGGGGCUUUCUCCUCUCAGAAGAGUUAGUAGCCAGAGGCUAAGUAAGCACUUUUAAACAUCUAGGUCUCAGGUGCUCAAAGUCUAUUUUUCCUGUCUUUGGUCUUCUUUCAAAACAUCUUUUCUAAUGCUGAAUUUCUCCUGGUGAUCAGCAUUCAAGGAUCUCCCUUUCCACAGAGUGUAGCAGAGCUUUGUCCAGCAGUCUGCCAAGGUCAUCGUAGCUGCUUUUCUGAGCCCUGGGCUGGGCAUAUGCCUUCACGUUAAGAUCAGCUGUUAGGAAUGUCAGCCCUGAUGGAAGCACCCUUUUUUAAUCUGGGGAGAGCCGUAUCAUUUUUCCUGCUGCAAUCCAGGGUUGUCUACACAAGGGAACAUUUGGACCUGUGGUGCUCCUUAGCACUCAGAAGGCUACGUGGUCCUUGGCUGUCUCCCAGCCAUAGCUUUAUACUAUGUGUUGUUGAUGAAAAGUUGGUCCUGUUCCUGUAGCUUGGGCAGUUAGGUUAUUCUUAACUCUUCUCAUUUCUGUUCUGUAGCCACCCUGCAAUCCAUUUUCCUUGUAUUCAAGCCAAAUUGUAGGGCCUUGGGGAAGGUGCUUGGGAUUUUCAUCAUGUGAUUUUGUUGGAUCUGUGUUUAGGCCAGCUCACCUAAGGUAUAGGGAGGCAUCAGAGGGAUCUGUGGGCUGGGGAGCAAUUGUCUUUGCCCUUAGGGUUCAAAUUUGAGGGCCUAAAAUACUACUUUGCAAUGACAUGCGAACCCCAGGAAGGGCCGUGUCAUUAGGUUUAAAAUGUGGCAAUUGUUUCUCUCAAAUUAGGUCAAAGGAAAAGCUCAUUUUGCAGCCAUGAUUCCAUCCUUUUGGUUUAGAUUUUUAGAGUAAAAAUUAUAGUGUUGAAGUCUCUACCUUUGUAAUCAGACCACCAAGCAAGCAUACCUGUGGCAAGGCAGAGAGGAAAGGUCUGGACCCAGUGUAUUCCAGUUUCAUCCUGGCUUUACCACUAAUCAUAAAAGUUAUGUUUUCGAAAAUAGAGAUGUUACCAGCCUUGUGCCCAAGAGCAUAUGCUCAGAAUUGGGUGCCCCCCACCUAAUUAAUAGUGGUGGAUUUGUAGUGAGCCAUCCAUAUUUCAGCCACAUUAGUGUACACAACAUUUCAUUCAAUAAACAUUUUUUGGCCCUGGGGAUACAGAGUUCAAAAAGAUGCAGUCUCUGACCUCAACUUUCAUACUGGUGUGGGAUGAUCCGUUAAUAGUUCAGUGUAAUAAAUGCUGUAAAUGGGUAUACAUUUUUGAUUUGGAGGCAGAGGCAACUGGUUGGUAUAGUUCAUGGCGCUAAAGUAGGAAGGUGCUGGUUGGUUCAUCUGUGGAAAAGGCCUAUAUGACCUGGAAUGAAUGGAGCUAACUAGCUGUAGAUAGAACACAACAAAGGCUUGUUUUAUUCCAGGAAAUAAAGAUAACUGAAGGUUAGAAAUGCUAUUUCUGAGCGAGAAAACAGGUGAGUGGGGAUUGAGAACCCCUGAUUUGAAUCCCUGUUUUAGGCUCUUUGCCAAAGUAUUUAAUGGUCUGGUUAAUCCUUGCUUGUGGGAAGUAUUAAGUGUGUUGCAGAUCCAGUUGUGUGUUGCUACAUUAUUGUGAGUUCUGUAACAUUGAUUCCUCAUGGACAUUUUAUGACAGUUGCUCACACCUUUUUCAGUUUCUCAUCUCUUUUGGAAGAGUUAACAUGACUGGCUUGAAGCCUAAAACAGGGACAUACUUUCCAGUGAUAAAUUUGCUAAAAAGAAGGUUUGGGCACAUCUGUUAACACCUGGGCAUCUAUUCUGGGCAAUGUAGUUUUAUUCAACACUGCAAGAUGGUAAUUUCUAAGCAGACACUUGUGUCAAUUAUGUGGAAACCUCUCUCUCGGAAAUGCACAUCCCCUGGAGUUUCUGCUUGAGUCAGUCUAGGGAGGUCUAGGGCGAGGCCUAGCCUUGUUGGGAAACAGUCUGACCUUAAGAAAUUUCUUAGUUCUGACCCACAUAACCACAAGAAAAAGAUACUUUUCUCUGCCUGGAUAAUUGAGAGCUGACUAGCUUUGAAAGUCAGAAUUCCCAGGAAUUAGAGUAACUGUUCUGGAAAAUUAAAGUGUGAAGGUUCUUUGGCCAGCUUCAUAAAAACAAUUCUAGUUUCUUUUUGCUUGCGCUGGAUUUCUUGAAUUUUAAACUACCUCAUAUUCUCUUUUUAGAGUUACUUCAUCUUGUCAUUGCCACUUUAACAUCACGCCUGAUUUGGUUGUUUCCUAAGAUGGAAUUUUUCCUAUUCGUUGACAGCAUGUUCUCUUGCCUUUUCGUCCUGAUCCUCAUUUCACCUAACAUCAUCUCGUCUUGCUCCUCUGUCAGAGAAAUGUUUUAAAAUAGUUUAAAAUUUUGGUUUGUGGGAAGAAAGUGAUCCUCCAGUGCUGUUUGUCUCUGAGGUCAGUAAGAGAAGGAGUUAAAACAAGUUGGUGGGGGAGGGGACAGAAACCACACUGGAGGCACCCACAAGGGAAGAGCCAUUAAUUAAGUCAAUUUCAAAGUCAACUGAUUGUGAUCAUUAAUGUCACAAUAGAUCAAAACCUAAUUAUCACAGCCUAGGUAAGAGCCAUCAGUAUUAAUCGGAAAAUCUAAUAGGAAACUAUUAUCAAGAAAUUAGGCCAAAUUGAAUGCAAUGAACUUUUUAUCUUGUCAUUCUCUCUCUCUUUUUUUUUUUUGUGGUGUCCCCUGGCAUUGGCAGGUGUGACCCUCACGGUUGAUCCAGGCCCCGGUGGCCAGUUCAUCACACUUUUUGAGAAAUUCCAACACAGACUGAACCUGGCUGUCAUUGCUGCUUUCAUCAGCCUUGAACUUUCUCAUCACCUGGAGUUGUUCAGUGUGAUCAGCAAUCAAUGGAAAAGUUCUAUAACAUUUAUAUUUAGGUCUUGGAAUGGUUGGUCCUUCCUGGAACUGGAGUGUCCCUGGUGUGCUGAUAAAUCAUUCUUUGAGCUCCCAAUGUAUGUAGAAUCCUGCUGCUCUGGCUCCUGCGAGUGGGUACGGAGGAAAGGAGGGGCUUCCUGCCUGGAGAUUGAGAACAUAGAGUUGAGUCAUGUUAAGGCACUUUUAAGGUUCAGUCAGUCAUUUGCAGUUUCCAAUAGCUUUAUGAUUUGACUGUAAACCAGGGCUGGCUGUGGGUGUAGGUUUUUCCCCCUAGUUUUAGGAUAAGGGUUAUAAUGAUUUUCACCAGAAUCCAGUGUAAAUCCAAAGGACGGGAAGAAGUGUUUUUUCUUUUGUUAAGGAGUUAUGCCUCUGGCAAGAGGAAAAAAUAUUACAAGUGUUAUGACUAAUUAUGGAGAACAUUUCAUCCCCUCUCCCUGAAUGGAAAGGUAGGGUCACCAUUUAUGUUCUUCAUCUUCAACUGUGUGGAGAUGCUGCAACUCCUGAAGUUGGGCUGAGGGAGGAAGGUUGGGAAGGUGCUGCCCUCUGAGGGUUGUGGGAGGGAAAGGAAGCAGCAGGAGGGUGUUCCGUGGGCCGGGAUUCCUGUGCUUCUAGCUUAGCCUGUAGAGAAUGUUGCCACUGCUCUGGCCGGUGUUGGCCUUUCCCCACCAACCUUGCAGCUCAGAGCACUACCCAGACCACCCCUGGGAAACGGUUCUUAUCUUCCUGCUUGAGUGUGGUCUUGUGUCAUUCUGGAUUUUAGGAAUUUGGAUUACUCAGUAUAGAACUUUGGGAAAUUGGUGUGUCUUGGUCCUUCACCUCUUAGGAUAAAGUGAAUGUUUCUUUAUGAAAGAAUCAUGCCCUUAAUGUUUAAAGCGUAAUUUUAUUUUCAAAACAUCCGUUAACACAUGACUUUCAGAAGCAGUUUGUUUCUCCAAGUUCCUCGCUAGAUAAAGAAUAGGCCCUCAAUUAAUCCUUAUUGGUUGAUUGAGUUCAUCUAGUUUGCAGAGUGAAGUGUACCUGCUGACUUCCCUUUGCUCCCAGGUGCACUCUAAGAAGUCAUAUGCUCUAGAGAGUGGAACAAGAACUGAGUGGGUGCUGACUAUGUGUGCCAACCUCCUCAAUGGAUUCAUAAUGGCUGACCUUGGGCAAGUCGCUCCUUUCAAUGCCUCAGUUCCCCAUCUGUCAAAUGGGGGUAAUAAUACUGACCUACCUCACAGGGGUGUUGUGAGGCAUUAUAAAUCACAGUUGAUAGAAUACUUUAGGGUCCUCGACGGAGGAUGCCUUGAGCUGAAGUCUAGGCCCGACAUAGGCUUUAGUCCUUGCUAAGGUGUCCCAAGAUUGGAACUACUUAGUGACCUCGGCAAGUUCUCUGCCCCCCACCCCUCAUCAAAGCUGCUAGUUCAGAUGUUGACAGUGUUUUCGUGAAUGUUGGAGUCUUAAUAGUGCAGAUGUAGGAUGUUAUGGAGGAAGGCACUUAGUAUUUUCUAUGUCUUGCAUCCACAAAGAGAGGCUGUUUCAAACCCAAGAGCAUUGAAUUAGGAAAUCAUGAGGCAGGGAUGCUACUGCUUGUUUCUCUGCAGGUUGGGAAUUAAGGUCCCAUGCCCCAUGGGCUUGGAACAGACUGAGGCUGUCUCAGGAGCAAAGCAGACACAGUGGGUUUGAUUUAUAUAGUUGCUUGUCGCUCCCCGAACUGAUCCCUGGACAUCUAGGUCACUGCACCGCUUCGUGAUAUCUGUCCCCGAGCCUCUGCCUCCCGUAGGAACCAGCUGGUUCAGUAAACAUAACCACUUCCUCCAUCCCCCACCAGAAAAGAGCCACGUUGGAAAUUUUUUUUUUUUUUCCUAGAGAUAGGUUGAACACUCAGAAUUGGGCAUCGGUACUCCUCAAAGCUUCAUCCAAUUCACUGUAUUCAGCAUCUGUCAUCUCUUUCUCAGUGUCCACAGUCUGAACCUGACUUUGACCUUUUUUCACUCUCGUUUGGGAAAACUUUGGACACUAUUUCUAUUUGCCCAAGUGUGGGCUCAAGAGCCUUACUCUCCAUCUCAGUUUAGGGACUCAGCCAGCUUCCCUUCCCAAUAGGGCUCUUUCUCUUUUCCUCUCCUUGGCCCUAGAUGUGUAACCCAUGAAAAAGCACAAGGUCCUGGCCCCUUGCUGUGGUCACAUUCCGGUUUUCCGUGUUUUGUGGACUCGGCUCUUCUGUUCACCCAGCACUGGCGGCACCAGGAGGUUCUGUGGAGUCCCGGAGGAUGGAGAGCACAGUCUGACAUCUGCCAAGUAGCCAGGAGUUGACUCGCCCAUGGCCUCCCCACCCCUUCCCACAGGAUGGGAUCUAGAGACUCCAGAGGCUGGGUUUUUUUCAGCACUCUGUACCAUCCUGAGUAAAACAAAUCACACUUUGUAGCCAGAUUUCUGAAUGGAAAAAUGGGAAAUUGAGUUCUCUAUGGACAUUUUCGGUUUGUGGGGGAGUUUUGGUUGUAUUUCUUGGUUCUAUUUCAGCCAAACAUGUCUGCUUUUGAUUUUUUUAUUUUUUAGGAUAAGUGAUAUAUAUAUAUGUUCGCCUUUUAAAUGUAAAUGUUUAAAGUAGGCAGUUUAUGUGUUUCCACAACUGACAUCCAGUGCAGACCUCAUUCUCUCCCCCUCCUCCACUCCCCUCUUUUCCCUCUUUUCAUAUUCUUGUAUUGGUUCUAAUAAACGGUUGCUUUUCAAAUAUG